UGUGCUCGGUGCAGCAGCCUGUUCGACGGAGCGGCCCUCGGUCCCGGCUGCUCCUGCCUCCUCCGCCGCCGCUUCCUGCUCCGCCUCCUCCGCCAGGCCUCCCUCCAGCCCCGCUCCCGCUGCCUUUGCCGCCGCCCCCUCCCGACGCUCUCGGGCCUCCAGGAGCCGUUUCGAGCGCAGAUCGACCGAGACCAAAAGACGGGCCGUCUGCUGGAAGACAGCCUUUGUUCACCAUGUAUAGGCCAAAAGUAAGCUUGAAAGACCGGCAGCAACUUUAUAAACUGAUAAUAAGUCAGUUGCUCUAUGAUGGCUAUAUCAACAUUGCUAAUGGUUUGAUAAAUGAGGUGAAGCCACAGUCUGUUUGUGCCCCCUCUGAACAAUUGUUGCAUCUUAUUAAAGUGGGAAUGGAAAAUGACGAUAGUGCCGUUCAGUAUGCCAUUGGGCGCUCUGAUACAGUAGCUCCUGGCACAGGAAUUGACUUGGAGUUUGAUGCAGAUGUGCAGACUAUGUCUCCGGAGGCUUCAGAAUAUGAGACCUGUUACGUCACAUCCCACAAAGGACCGUGUCGUGUUGCUACAUAUAGCAGAGAUGGACAGUUAAUAGCCACAGGGUCUGCUGAUGCCUCAAUAAAAAUAUUGGAUACAGAAAGAAUGUUGGCAAAGAGCGCUAUGCCCAUUGAGGUUAUGAUGAAUGAAACAGCCCAGCAGAACAUGGAGAACCACCCAGUUAUUAGAACUCUUUAUGAUCAUGUGGAUGAGGUGACCUGUUUAGCUUUCCACCCAACAGAACAAAUCCUUGCCUCAGGAUCAAGAGAUUAUACACUUAAAUUGUUUGACUAUUCAAAACCAUCUGCCAAAAGAGCCUUUAAAUAUAUUCAGGAAGCAGAGAUGCUGCGUUCUAUCUCGUUCCAUCCUUCUGGAGACUUCAUACUUGUCGGGACCCAGCAUCCUACCCUGCGACUGUAUGACGUUAACACUUUCCAGUGCUUUGUGUCUUGUAAUCCUCAAGACCAGCACACAGAUGCCAUCUGCUCAGUUAAUUACAAUGCAAGUGCUAACAUGUAUGUGACGGGCAGCAAAGAUGGAUGUAUCAAGUUGUGGGAUGGUGUUUCAAAUCGUUGUAUCACUACUUUUGAAAAAGCACACGAUGGGGCUGAAGUCUGUUCUGCCAUUUUUUCCAAGAAUUCAAAGUAUAUUCUCUCAAGUGGAAAGGACUCAGUAGCCAAACUCUGGGAGAUAUCCACAGGGAGAACGCUGGUCAAAUAUACAGGAGCGGGUCUGAGUGGUCGCCAGGUUCAUAGGACACAGGCUGUCUUCAACCACACAGAAGACUAUGUACUGCUUCCGGAUGAAAGGACCAUUAGCCUUUGUUGCUGGGACUCACGAACCGCUGAAAGGAGGAACCUUCUUUCCUUGGGGCACAACAGCAUUGUUCGCUGCAUUGUCCAUUCUCCUACCAAUCCUGGCUUCAUGACUUGCAGUGACGACUACAGAGCUCGAUUUUGGUACCGAAGGUCAACUACAGACUAAAGCCAAAGCUGUGAAAUACUUGUCUGAAUUUUAUUCCUUUUUUCAUCUAUACUUCAUUUUGUUUCUACCUUGAUGGAUUAGCAUUUAAGUUUACACUCGGUUUAAAACUGAGAAGAAGCUCUACAGGAAAGUUGAUUUUAAGGUUGUGUCUGUAUAUUGAAAACAAAGGGGCAGCUUAGAACUUUCUCCCCAUACUCUAGUUGCAGGGUUGCCAAAUUUCACUACUCAGACCGGGUCUUGGAAUGUUUUAAACUCUAACCUUAUCUGUUUCGUCUGACACACACUUUUUUGCCUUCUGAUUGUUCGUUUCUGUCUUAAAAUUUUGUACCAUGCUUUUGUGUUUUUAAUUAUUGUUUAGAGGUGGAGAUCAAUUAAACUAAUGUUUGCUUAUAAAA